UGAUAAAAAAGAUCACAUUUUUUCUUCUAUACUGAAAACCAAAAACCCAGCAGCAUCACCAUGGCAACAUGUACUUCUUCUUCACCAUCUUCUUUAAUGCUAACAUACGCAGCAUCCACAGUACACCCACAAGACCUAUCCCCAUCACUCCUCUCCUUCAAGCCCAAAACUUUCUUCUCAUACCCUUUGGCUUUAAGCACUAAUGGGGAUAGAAAAUUGAGCAAAAGUUUCAAUUUUGUGUCUGCUGCUGCUUUGGCUGCUGAAGCUGAGGUGGCUGAUGAUGUGGAGGAAGGAGAAGAAGGUGACGUGGCUACUGCUGCUGUUGCUGUUUCUACUAAGCCUAAGAAAGGGAAGGCUGCUUUGCCUUUGAAGAGUGAUAGGAGGAGGUCUAAGAGAUUCUUGGAAGUUCAAAAGUUGAGGGAAAACAAGCAAGAAUAUGACUUAAAGACAGCAAUAUCUUUGUUGAAGCAGAUGGCAAAUUUGAAGUUCGUUGAAACAGUUGAAGCUCAUUUCCGACUUAACAUUGAUCCCAAAUACAAUGACCAACAGCUGAGGGCAACUGUAAAUUUGCCCAAGGGAACCGGACAAACUGUUAGAGUGGCAGUGCUUACGCAAGGUGAAAAGUUCGAUGAAGCAAAAAAUGCAGGAGCAGAUUUGGUUGGUGGGGAGGACUUGAUCGAACAAAUAAAAGGAGGAUUCAUGGACUUUGACAAACUAAUUGCAUCUCCGGAUAUGAUGCCUAAGGCCGCCAGCUUAGGUAAGAUCUUGGGACCUCGUGGACUCAUGCCUAAUCCAAAAGCCGGUACUGUUACAACUAAUAUCCCUCAGGCAAUAGCAGAGUUCAAGAAGGGAAAAGUAGAAUAUAGAGCAGAUAAAACUGGAAUUGUGCAUAUACCUUUUGGAAAGAUCAACUUCUCUGAAGAGGACCUACUUGUAAACUUACUUGCUGCAAUAAAAUCAGUGGAAACAAACAAGCCAACAGGUGCCAAAGGUGUGUACUGGAAAAGUGCAUUCGUAUGCUCAUCAAUGGGGCCUUCGAUUCGGUUAAAUAUUAAGGACAUGCUCGACUACAAGCUUUCGUCAAAUGCUUAAAUAUAGCUAACACUUGUAAAUGAUUUUGUUGAAGAAUCUCCAUCAGAACUUGCCCCUGUUCAGCACAAAUGUUGAGGUAAAACUAGGAUGAACAGAGGCAGUUGUUGAUUCGGGUAGAGCUAUCAUGAAUAUCCUUGGCAAUUCCUAAAAUCUUGCUUGUGAUCAGUGUUUUUAAAUGUAGUUAGUGGAAGUUGUUCUCAGACAAUAUUUAUCAAUUUAAUUGACCUUUUAACUGUGUU